AAUUAUAAACUCAACCAUACUUGUGCAAUAAAUAAAUCGUAAGCCACUAAACCGCAAUGGAGGACGUUGUAAAAAGCGAAAAAUUCAAUGGACAUAAAAUGGAGAUUGCGCACCAUGAUCCCAAUGAAAUAGUCGAAGCUGUACCACUGUCAUGGAAAUUUUGGAAAAAACGUCGCUAUGUUGUCGUCUUCUUGGCAUUCCUCGGAUUCUUCAAUGUUUACUCGCUGCGUGUUAACCUCAGUGUGGCGAUUGUGGCAAUGACUGAGAAUCGCACAGUAAUCGAUGAUGCUGGCAAUAUUUCGUAUGAACAAGAUUUUCCUUGGGACUCGAAGCAGAGAGGUCUGAUAUUGAGUUCAUUCUUCUAUGGUUACAUAACAACACAGUUUAUUGGCGGUUUUAUUGGCGCCAAAAUUGGUGGCAACAUUGUAUUUGGCUUAGGUAUCGGUACCACGGCGCUAUUGACGCUGCUAACACCCUUGGCCGCUAAGCAUAGCUUGGAGAUGUUCCUUGCUGUGCGCAUCAUUGAAGGUGUUUUUGAGGUGAAUAUCUAA